ACUCUAUUCCUCUUCACGCACAGAAGCCAGCAUGCGCCCUCCACCCCGCCGCCACCGUCCCCUCACUCUCGCAACACUUGCAGGCUUUGCGUCUCUCAUCUUGCCAGCCGUCACCCUCGCACGCCUCUACACAAUCAAUCCCACGCUCAAGUCCUCCCUUCUGCCUGCCGCGUAUACAUGCUUUAUCAGUGGUGCCACAUUCAUCACGUAUGGAUAUGAUAAGAUGCAGGCACGGAAUCUUGAGUGGCGGGUCAGCGAGUGGACAUUGCACACGCUCGGGUUACUGGGCGGCUGGCCCGGUGCAAUAGUUGGGAUGCACUUCUUCCAACACAAGACAAGGAAAACGGCGUUCUUGAUCCCUUUCUGGAGCAUCGUCCUGGGAUGGCAAGGGCUAUUAUGGAGGUACUUAUAUGGAGAUCAGAGUCAGGUUACAUGGUGAUUUUAGUCGUUAUUCGUGGAACAUCAUCGUUGCUACGUCUCCUCUGCCUUCUGCUGCGUCUUCUCAGCCGCCUUCUCGGAUUGCUCCUUGAAGGAUUUUACACUCUCCAGUGCGCCGCUCGCGUACGCUUGCGCCAUGUCUCGUACUGAGCUGGCGCUCAACUGCAUGGUAUCCUAUACGUUGCUUGCGGUUCGCACUACAGACGCAAGCAUAUUAGCGACCUGUGAAUGGGCUUGUAAGGCUGUCAGCAGCCUCGCCUGUGAAUUCGCCAAUUGGGUUCUGUGCUGCACCGCCGGCAAGGUUGCUGACGCCCUUCUUCAGCUGCAGAGGGU